CUUCAACACCACCACACCUCAUCUCAUAUCCAUCCAAAUCGCCAUGGCGUCUCCCUCAGCCGAAGGCUCGAAAGGCCCACGUGUGUCCGCGAAAUCAACCACAGACCCCAUCCUCCGCAACGCGUUGCGCUACACGAUUUCGGCGAAAGAAUACGAAACCCUGCACAAAUACAUAACCUCGCGUUCGAAAGUAUUGAAGAGGAAUGUGCCUAGCGUAGCCAAGGUAGAGAAGUUGGUGGAGAGACACGGACGCGAUGAUUACAAUGCAGCUGCUGUAAGGGCAGCUCUGAGGGUUUUUGUUGCAACAGGGGCAGGGCUGAAGCUCUGGUCUUUAGCCAAGGAGAGGGUGCUGGGACUGGAGAGUUCACGAGGGAAGAAGAUACCAUUAUGGCGGAAUCCGAAUUUCAGGCUCUCACUAUCGCUGUCCACAAUCCUCCUCCUCCACCGAAUCCUCUACCGCUUCUUCACGCGCCUUCGUGCACAUCUCUUGACCCCGGAAGCGCGCCCCUUUCGACAGCGGAAUAAAAGGACGAGCAGGACUCUGACCUCAAGUCUCGCGCCCGCUGUUGGUGCCAGUUUGGCAGGGGUCAUGCUAGCGGUUUACCCCUCUGAUCAGCUGAGGAUCACGAUCGCUAUAUAUGCUUUAAGCAGAGCGGCUGAAUUUGCGUAUAAUCACGCGGAAGAUGAGGGCUGGAUCUGGGGGCGAAAGGGGAGUGGACUAGAGCGGCCCUGGUGGUGGGGAAGUUGGAUGCUCUUCCCGUUCUCGUGUGGGCAGCUGUUGCAUGCCUUUGUUUUUGAUAGGGAUUGUUUCCCUAAGGCGUAUGGCGAUUUCAUACUCCAGAACAGCCCGCAGUACGUUCACUUCAGACCGGCGGAUUACCCGUCUAAUCUUCCUUGGCCGAGCACGGAUGAGGUGGUGGACAAACUGGGCGACAUGGCCCGUCUCAAAUAUCCACCCUUCAUCUCCCCCAUCCUCUUUCCAGACCGCACCACUCUUCCCAGCGCUCUCGCCGCUGUCUCCCCUAUAACCUCUCCCGCACAUCCCUUAAUAACAUCCCUAACCUGCGCCACACUUCACCCCUCUGACCCCUCCUGUCUCCGCGCCUACCUCACAUACUGGAUCCGGAUCUUUCCGCGACUAACCCGCUUCUUCACUCUUAUCUUUGUUGUGCUCUCCCUCCCGAAAUACCGAUCAUUUUACCGCUCUCCUAUUCUGACCCUUAACUCGCUGGCAUCGCGCAUCUUACGCUACGCUACAUUCCUCGCGGGGUCAAUUGGCACUUCGUGGGCCUCUAUUUGCCUGUUCCAACAGCUCUUCCCCAAGCACUUCCUCUCAACCCAACGAUUCUUUUUGGGUGGUAUUCUUGGGGGCCUGUGGGGACUGAUCGUCAGACGGGAUGCAAGAAGCGAAUUCCUAUACGGUGCGAGAGCGAGCUUGGAUUCUCUAUGGAAGGUAGGCAAGAAGCGGGGUUGGUGGAGGGGUAUCCGGGGCGGGGAUGUAGGGCUGUUCGUUGCGAGUCUGAUGGUUAUUAAUGUGGUCUAUGAGAGGGAUGCUAGGGCUAUCCGUAGUGGGCUUGUGAGGAGAGGUGUUAGUUCUCUAAGAGGUCAGGGCUUGAGGGACUGGGUGGCGGAGGAGGAUAAGCGGAUUGAGGACGAGAAAAGAGCAGCGAUGUGA